AUGGUUUCGAGCCAUGAACGGGAGUUGAGCAGUUUAAGAAGCUUACUUUUCAGAGCCUACUCUUCUCUUCCUAGAGGAGUUGUUGGAGCUUCAGCUGGUGGUGGAGCUUCUUUGGAGCAAUCGAGGUUUCAAUCAAGUUAUGUUGGUAGCUUUGCUCGCAGAGUGCGUGACAGAGAUGAAUUCAACGAGGUUGCACAACUGAGAGAGCUUUUUCGCAGAAACGACCCUGAAGCAGUUAUCAGAAUAUUCGAAAGCAGCCCAUCUAUGCAUUCGAAUCCCUCUGCACUGACUGAAUACAUUAAGGCAUUGGUCAAAGUUGAUAGGCUAGAUAACAGUGAGCUGGUGCGAACAUUGCAAAGAGGUAUUACUGGUGCUUCACGGGAGCAAGAGACUUUUGGAGGUCUCAUAGCAUUCAAAAACUUAGGAAAACCAACAAAAGAUGGUGCCCUUGGAACUGCUGGUGCACCGAUCCAUACGAUAUCCACUGAAAGGAGUAGCUUUAAAGAACAACUAUGGAGUACAUUCAGGACUAUUGCAGUUGGGUUUUUACUUAUAUCUGGUGUUGGAGCACUUAUUGAGGAUAGAGGAAUUGGCAAAGGACUUGGAUUGCAUGAAGAAGUACAACCUAGUAUGGACUCGAGCACCAAAUUUACUGAUGUAAAGGGUGUUGAUGAAGCAAAAGCUGAGCUAGAGGAAAUUGUGCAUUAUCUUCGUGACCCCAAGUGCUCCCCUUGUAUUAUUUUUAUCGAUGAAAUAGAUGCUAUUGGAGGAAGUCGUAACCCAAAAGACCAGCAGUACAUGAAGAUGACAUUGAACCAGUUGCUCGUUGAGUUGGAUGGGUUUAAGCAGAAUGAAGGCAUUAUUGUGGUCGCAGCAACAAAUUUCCCGGAAUCAUUGGAUAAGGCCCUGGUUAGACCUGGGAGGUUUGAUCGCCAUAUUGUUGUACCUAACCCAGACGUGGAAGGCCGUCGCCAAAUUUUGGAGUCUCACAUGUCAAAGGUACUUAAGGCUGAAGAUGUCGAUUUAAUGAUCAUCGCUAGAGGAACGCCUGGAUUUUCAGGAGCUGAUUUGGCGAAUCUGGUGAAUGUUGCUGCUCUAAAAGCUGCAAUGGAUGGUGCAAAAGAUGUGACAAUGUCGGAUCUUGAGUUUGCCAAAGACAGAAUCAUGAUGGGAAGCGAGAGAAAAUCUGCAGUUAUAUCCGACGAGUCAAGAAAACUUACUGCUUUCCAUGAAGGUGGACAUGCCCUUGUUGCCAUCCACACAGAAGGUGCUCUUCCAGUCCACAAAGCAACCAUUGUGCCUCGUGGUAUGGCUCUUGGCAUGGUUUCUCAACUACCGGAUAAAGAUGAGACGAGCAUUUCUAGGAAACAGAUGCUUGCUCGGCUUGAUGUUUGUAUGGGAGGCCGGGUUGCGGAAGAGUUGAUUUUUGGGGAAAGCGAGGUAACUUCGGGUGCUUCUUCUGAUCUUGAGCAGGCAACUAAACUGGCUCGAGCGAUGGUUACGAAAUUCGGUAUGAGCAAAGAGGUGGGUCUUGUGGCACAUAACUAUGAUGACAAUGGAAAAAGCAUGAGCACCGAAACUAGGCUUCUCAUCGAGAGAGAAGUGAAACAUCUCUUGGAAAAUGCUUAUAACAAUGCGAAAAACAUCCUCACGGUUUACAACAAAGAGCUUCAUGCCCUUGCGAACGCUUUGCUUCAGCAUGAAACUCUUUCUGGAAAGCAGAUUAAAGAAUUGCUAACUGAUCUCAACUCUCCACAGCUGAAAAAACAUCAUGAAGUAGUCGGGAAGCAAAGCCAGCCGGUACCUCCAUCACCUCCUAAUCCAGCAGCAUCAGCAGCCGCCGCAGCUGCUGCAGCUGCAGCUGCUGCCGCCACAGCUGCUGCAACUGCUGCAACCAAAGGUAAAGACAUGGCUCCUGUAGGGUCUUGAAAUUAAACGAGCCUCUUGUAUUUGUGUAUGUUGGGGUAA